UACAGGUGCUCAAAACUUUUCCCUCAGCCUAUAGAAAUCGAUCUAGGGUUUCCAACUUUUUUCCUUAAUUGCGCGCCGGAGCUUCGUCCCAAUUUCUUCAUUCCACUAAGUCGGGUGUAUAUACACGCUUCUACUUCACCUAAGAUAUUCAGAAUUCCGUUUUCGCGAUUCAGUUUUUUUAAUUGGGUUUUCGGUUUCCUGUAAUCUCGAAUUUUCUCUGAAGAACAGCUAUGCCUCCGAGAAGGAAGACGUCAGGUGGCCCGGGUACGAAGAGAGGGGUUCGUGUCACGCGGGCCGCGUCCAAAGUCCAGCCGCAUCCCCCCGAUGAAGCGUUGAAGGUGGAGCAGGUGAAAGAGGAGGCGGAGGAGAAGGCCAUGGAGGAGCUCAGAGAGGAGGUCAAGCUCGAGGAAAAGGCUCCCGUUGCUGAGCAGAAGUCGACGCCUGCUAGGGUUAAAGAGGAGCCGGAUUCGAGACGUGUGGAGUGCGGAUCUCUUGCUUAUAAGAAAGAAUAUGAACAGAAAGAGUCUGUUGAUGAAUAUGAAAAAGGUGAAAGAUUAGAUUUGGAGGAUAAUGAUCCUGAAUACGAAACCGAAGAGUAUGGUGGCCCUGAUUAUGAUGAUAAGGGAAUUGAACAUGAGGAUGUGCAGGAAGAGGGAGAAGAGAUAGAAGAACAUGAGGAGGAAUAUAUUGGUGAUGAGGGAGAAGGUGAUAUGGUUGAGGAGGAGGUUGAAGAUGUCAAUGAGGACCUUGAGGGUGAAGAGGAUGAUGAGCAAGUUGGCGAGGAGCAUGGUCAGAUGGUUGAUGACGCUGAGGAGGACGAGCAUCAUGAAGUUGUUAAAGAAAGACGCAAGCGCAAGGAGUUUGAAAUUUUUAUUGGUGGCUUGGACAAGGAUGCUACAGAGGAUGAUCUUAGGAAAGUCUUCAGUAAAGUUGGUGAUGUUACUGAAGUGAGGCUUAUGAUGAACCCUCAGACCAAGAAGAAUAAGGGAUUUGCUUUUCUAAGAUUUGCAACAGUUGAACAAGCUAAGCGAGCUUGUACAGAACUCAAAAAUCCUGUGGUUAAUGGAAAACAGUGCGGUGUUACUCCAAGUCAGGACAGUGAUACUCUCUUUUUGGGUAACAUAUGCAAGACAUGGACUGAGGAAGCUUUGAAGGAGAAGCUGAAGCACUAUGGUGUUGAUAAUAUUUAUGAUUUGACACUAGUUGAAGACACCAACAAUGUGGGAAUGAACCGAGGCUUUGCAUUCUUGGAAUUCUCCUCUCGUUCAGAUGCUAUGGAUGCUUUUAAGCGUCUCCAGAAGAGAGAUGUUGUUUUUGGAGUUGACAGGCCUGCCAAGGUUUCGUUUGCAGAUUCAUUUAUUGACCCAGGUGAUGAAAUCAUGGCGCAGGUCAAAACAGUCUUUAUAGAUGGUCUUUCAGCCUAUUGGGAUGAGGCUCGUAUUAAUGAACUACUAAAAAAAUAUGGGAAGAUUGAAAAAAUUGAGCUUGCUCGGAACAUGCCAUCCGCCAAGAGAAAGGAUUUUGGAUUUGUCACAUUUGAUUCACAUGAUGCUGCAGUCUCUUGUGCCAAAUGCAUUAAUAAUGCAGUGCUAGGCGAUGGGGAUAUUAAGGUUAAAGUUAGGGCUAGAUUAUCAAGACCCCUUUCAAGGGGCAGGGGAAAAUAUGGUUCACGAGGAGAUGUGAGACCCGGCCGUGGGCCAGUACGAGCUCCCAGGGCCCCAUGGGGUCGUCCAGUGUCACAUAAUCUCUCCGUACGUGGAACAAGAGUUGGUACACGUGUGCCACCUUUGGUUGAUCGCAAUUUUAAACGGCCUGCUGGUUAUAGAGAUAGAAGGCCAGUCAUUGCACCACCACCUAGGGCCAGACCUGUGGCUCCUGUGCCUAGCAGGUCAUAUGAGAGGAGGCCGCCUGCUCCUGCAUAUUCAAGAAAUAGUUCGAAGAGGGAUUAUGGAAGCAGAGCUGCUAUAGACUAUGCUCCCAGAGUGCCUUCUGACAGACGAACAUCCUAUAGAGAUGAGUAUUCUUCCCAUGGAUCUGGCUAUCCUGAUUUUCCUGGAGGAACAUCUAGGACUGCAGUAAGAAGAGCUUAUGUUGAUGAUGGCUAUGAGCAGAGGUUUGAAAGACCCCCUCCAGUGUACCGUGAAAGCCGUGCUCGUGAAUAUGACUCUAUAUCUGGCUCAAAACGUGCAUACACUGCACUGGAUGAUGUUCCUCCUCAAUAUGUUGAGGCAGGAGUUCGCCGUUCUCGUGCACGUUUGGAGUAUGACUUUGGAGGACGAAGUGCUUCUCAGUAUGGGGAUGCCUAUGGUGACAGCAGACCCGGGAGGCCUAAUCUUGGAUAUAGUAGCAGCAGAAGUUCUAUGGCUAGUCAAGAUUCUCAUGGCCUUUAUAGUAGUCGCCAGGGUAUGGGUUAUGACAGAGGCUCCUAUGGUGGUAGUGAUGUUGGUGGAGUGUACACUUCAGGCUAUAGUGGUGAUUACAUAUCUCAUGGCAGUGAUAUGGGAGGCAGCUCUUAUUCAUCGAUUUAUUCUAAUCGUGACCUGGGUGGUGGUGGCUAUAUGAGGAGUGGUGGUUCUAGAUCUUAUUAUUGAGAUUUGAAUGGACAAAGAGGCUGCAGGACCUGCACUAGUUGAAGGCUGCAUCAUUUUGAAUUGGAAGUAUAUUGAGCAAAUAAAGCCUCUUUGUGGUUUGAUGGCAAGAUAUGAUAAACACUGGAUAUUGAUAUAAGGACGUGCAACUUGGAGGAACUUAGAUCUAGUGUAUUGAGCUUUGGAUGUCUCAUAUUUUUCUGCUGUAAGGAAACUUAAGAAUUGUAGUGAUGUGACUGCUAACAUUCUGGUAUUUAUAGUUAAUUUUUCCUACUCUCUUCCUUUGGUAAUUUGAUGUAAGAGUGUACUUGAAUAAAAAGAGGAGCACGGUUCAAGUGCUUGUUAUCUUAUUCACAGCUCAAGGCAUGUGGAUACAUGGUCUUGUGGCUUCUGGAAAGGUUUGGAUGAUUGCUACAUCCCAUUUUACGCGAUCUGUCUCAAUGUUCUGUAAUGGACUGCAAGAACAAGGCAAUGAACUGAAUGCAAAAAGUAGUUCUGGAAACGUGUUAUGGUGAUAUAAGUCGUAAGACCAAUUGAUUAUGCAAAGGGAUCAAAAUUGACAGACACAGGCUUCUGGAGGUGUGAGUUUAUGGUCUCAAUGAGAAAUAUGUUUUAAGUAUAUCUGGAGUUGAAGAGAUAUAUAUUGAAAUUACUUCUUCUUUCAGUGUUA